AUAAGGGUGAACCUUCCUUACCUCGCUGCUCUUUGUUCAUCACUGCAGCCUCAGGAUGUUGAAGUUGGUGCUGCUGUUCCUGGCCGUGUCAGGCCUGCAGGCGCUUCCCAUCAAAGCCCUGAAACAGAGGCCAACUUCAUCCCACGUCCUCAGAACCAUCCCCGAUGGCUUCAGGCAGGGAACCGAGCCGUCCAGGAGAGUCCUGGUGGACCUCAACACCGGCCUGGUGAAGGAGCACGUCAGCGAGAUGGAGAGGAGAGUGGUACCUGACGAUGUUCCAGCCCAGAGGAACGUUGGGGGUUGGGUUCGUGUGGAGGAACCGUCCGCUGCUCAUCUCCCGGACGGUUUCAGACAGGGAACCGAGCCCAGUCGUAACAUCCCAGACGGUUUCAGACAGGGAACCGAGCCCAGUCGUAACAUCCCAGACGGUUUCAGACAGGGAACCGAGCCCAGUCGUAACAUCCCAGACGGUUUUAGACAGGGAACCGAGCCCAGUCGUAACAUCCCACAUGGUUUCAGACAGGGAACCGAGCCCAGUCGUAACAUCCCAGACGGUUUCAGACAGGGAACCGAGCCCAGUCGUAACAUCCCAGACGGUUUCAGACAGGGAACCGAGCCCAGUCUUAACAUCCCAGAAGGUUUCAGACAGGGAACCGAGCCCAGUCUUAACAUCCCACAUGGUUUCAGACAGGGAACCGAGCCCAGUCGUAACAUCCCAGACGGUUUCAGACAGGGAACCGAGCCCAGUCGUAACAUCCCACAUGGUUUCAGACAGGGAACCGAGCCCAGUCAUAACAUCCUAAUUGGUUUCAGACAGGGAACCGAGCCCAGUCGUAACAUCCCAGAUGGUUUCAGACAGGGAACCGAGCCCAGUCGUAACAUCCCACAUGGUUUCAGACAGGGAACCGAGCCCAGUCAUAACAUCCUAAUUGGUUUCAGACAGGGAACCGAGCCCAGUCGUAACAUCCCACAUGGUUUCAGACAGGGAACCGAGCCCAGUCAUAACAUCCUAAUUGGUUUCAGACAGGGAACCGAGCCCAGUCGUAACAUCCCAGAUGGUUUCAGACAGGGAACCGAGCCCAGUCGUAACAUCCCACAUGGUUUCAGACAGGGAACCGAGCCCAGUCAUAACAUCCUAAUUGGUUUCAGACAGGGAACCGAGCCCAGUCGUAACAUCCCAGACGGUUUCAGACAGGGAACCGAGCCCAGUCGUAACAUCCCUGACGGUUUCAGACAGGGAACCGAGCCCAGUCGUAACAUCCCUGACGGUUUCAGACAGGGAACCGAGCCGAGCCGUAACAUCCCCGACGGUUUCAGACAGGGAACCGAGCCCAGUCGUAACAUCCCAGACGGUUUCAGACAGGGAACCGAGCCCAGUCGUAACAUCCCAGAUGGUUUCAGACAGGGAACCGAGCCGAGUCGUAACAUCCCAGACGGUUUCAGACAGGGAACCAAACGCUUUCUCAGAAUCCAGGAUGGCGUCGGACAGGGAACCGGGCCCAGUGUUGGGGUUCCCUGUCAAGGGGUGAUCGUACAGGGACGCUGCUACCAGCUCAACUCCAGGCCGCUGGCGUUCAAGGAUGCGAGAGCCUUUUGCAAACGUCUGGCCCCAAACGCUGAGCUGGCGUCCGUGACCAGCGAGGGUCUGCACUCACACCUGGCGGCCCUGGUGAAGAAGAGCGGCCCCAAGGACCCGGUUCUGACCUGGCUGGGAGCCACAGUCCAGGACCGGCAGGGCUCGUGGGUGGACGGGUCUGAGUGGAGCUACAGCGCCUGGAUGCCGGGUCAACCCGGCCUGCACACCGACAAACGUGUCUGUGUCCAGAUGUCCCAGAAAGACGAGAGCCGCUGGGCCGCUGCCGACUGUGAGCUGAGGAGAGCGUCCAUCUGCUCGUUUCCCAUCGCCGCAUGAGGCCCCC